AUGAAUCGUAAAAAUUUGCAUCCGUUAGAAAUUCAUUCAAAUAAGAAGGAAGAAAAAAACAAAAAUAAUAACAAAGGAGAAAAGGAUGAUGAUUAUGACGAUGAUUUGACACUUGAGAAUUUUAAAAUUAUUGAUGGUAGAAAAUUUAUUAAUAUUGAGGAAUCUUGUGAGUUUUUGCCUGUUGAUCGCAAGUCAAUGUCUAAAAUGGAAAUUUUAGAAAUUUUAUCACAACAUAUAUGGAAUGGUAAAUUUUCUUCUCCUGUGAAAGAAAGAUUAGAGAAUGGUGGUGCAUCUGUAAUAGAUAUUGGAUGUGGGCCUGCAACUUGGUUGAUGUUUAUGGCAGAGGAAUUUCCAAAAUCAUUAUUUGUUGGAAUAGAUAUAGUAAUUGAUUCUAAAAAAGAAUUGCCAACAAAUCUGGCUAUAAUUGAACAUAAUAUAUUUGAUGGUUUACCAUUUCCAAAUGACACUUUUGAUUUUGUUCGUCAAAAAAGUAUGUUAGGUUCACUAACAACUGAUCAAUGGCCUUUUGUAAUUGAUGAGCUGAUACGUAUAACUAAACCUGUUCUAAAAUUACGCGAAUCACGUGGUAUACUAGUUGGAUCAUUUUAUAAAUAUAUUGAAAAAAAAUUAAUAACCACUGAUAAAAUAAUUGAAAUUAAUCAUCAAAUGAAAAAAUUUCCAUUAGGUGGUCAUGGUAUAAUUGGUGAAAUGUUCAGACAAGUUAUAAAUGAUUCAAUAGAAACUAUUAGACCUUAUCUUUCAUCAAUUAUGGGGUUAAGUUUAGAAGAAUAUGAUAAAAUGACUAGGCAAUGUGAUUUAGAAGAUGUUGAGUAUAAAACUUAUCUAAAAAAUUAUAGACUAUAA